UCCCCGCGGGCCCACACCUGCACGACAGGCCUGCGCUGACCCCGACCUCCCCUCGGUGCCCCUCCUGGUGGGCACUGCGGUGGAGGUGGAACGGCGCCGGCUACGGAGUCGCGGGGCAGGACCGAGGGGCCAGCGUGGCCAGGCGGGGCGACCUCUGCCGGUGCACCGCAGUCCCGGGAUGAGAGCUGCAGGUCAGGACAAGAUCUCCAGGGCAGCCCGGCGGCUGCUGUCGUUCCAGCGACAUCUGGGCUGCCCUGAGAGCAAUGGCCUGGAACCUGAGGACAGCCCACUGACCACACACGUGCUAGACACUGCCUCUGGGCUCCCAAUCUGUGGCCUCUGCCUCCAUUUAUCCAGGCUUGAGGACCUCAGCCAGCAGUGGACAGAGUUGAGCAAAAGCUACACAGACCCAAGUGGCCGCUGCCUUGGGUUGCUGAGCCCAGGCCAGAUGAAGCCAGGCACCUAUAAGCUGUCCUUUGACACGGAGGGCUACUGGGAGGAGAGGGGACAGGAGAGCUUCUACCCAUAUGUAGAGGUUGUUUUCACCAUCACAAAGGAGACCCAGAAGUUUCACCUGCCUCUGCUGCUGAACCCAUGGUCCUACACCAUCUACCGAGGGAGCUGGAGUUAGAGGGCAGCUGUGACUCAGGUCAAUAAAGCCAGUGGUGUAGACCUAUGCCUGGGGUCUGUUAUGACCCACGUCAAUAAAGUCAGGCUGCAUCUGCAGUGCUUGUGUCUCA